GUAUGAGAAUGGUGACCUUUGCAACAAGUGUCCUCCUUACACACAUUAAUACUUCAUGGUGCUGAAGUUGUGUGUUGUCCAAUGAUUAACAACUGGCUGAUAAGGCAGAAAUAAGAGAGAGAAAGACAUUGGGAAAGACACAGAGAGCGAAGGAAAGAACCACGUCAGAUAGAGAAGUAACAUCAGCACAGAUAAAGGAAGGACGUUGACUCAGCAGUUGCUGUUUGAGGGGCAAAAAGAGGAAGAGGACAUCUGACAGUGUCCAAGUGCAUGCUGAGUUUUUCAUGUUGCUGUUGUUCUCCUGCUGUGGUUAAAUGCACUCCAUGGAAGACACACAGGUGGACAGGACCAUAGAGCUGAAUGAUGGCACACGAAUGCCAGUUUUGGGUCUCGGGACUUGGAAGCCCUCAAACCUUCCCCGCACCUCAGUCCAGGGUGCAGUGGAGGCUGCCAUCGCAGCUGGCUACCGCCAUGUAGACACCGCCUACUGCUACAACAAUGAGGUCGAUGUUGGCAAGGCGCUGUGCUCCAAGACAAAGCAGGGCAUCAUCAGGCGCCAGGACAUGUUCAUCGUCAGUAAGUUGUGGGGGACCUUUCAUGCCCCAGACGACAUCCCUGUGUGCCUGAAUAAGUCUCUGCAGGAUCUCCAGCUGGACUAUCUGGAUCUGUACCUUGUGCAUUUCCCUGUUGGCCUAAAGAAAAUGGGUGAUGACCUUUUCCCAGAGAAGGGUGGCAAGAUGCUGACCUGUGACAUAGACUAUGUAGAUGUAUGGAGGGGGAUGGAGGCCCUGCAAGCAUCGGGAAAGGUGAAGAGCAUCGGUGUGUCCAACUUCAGCAUCCUGCAGCUGGAGAGACUUCUUGCUCUGUGCAGGGUGCCCCCUGCUGUCAAUCAGAUCGAGCUACAUCCCUACCUGGUACAGGCAGAUAUGAUCGAGUUCUGUAAAUCCAAGAACAUCGCCCUGACAGCCUACAGUCCUUUUGGCUCGCCUGAGAGACCCCCAGACAUGUUUCUGUCCACUUUGAACAAAAGUCCUCCUAUCAAAACAUACUGUAGGAAAACAAGGUCCACAACAGAAGUUACCCUUUACCUGUACUGUAGGAAUUAUAAAACCCUAUCGUUCAGUACUAACAUUUUAAUCAUGAACAUCAAUAUAGCUGUUUGGAAAACGUUUGUGCAGAUAUUUGACUUCAGUCUGACUGAAGAAGACAUCAGAGCACUAAGAGGACUGGACCGAGGGUGGAGGGCCUGCGUGCUCGAUGAACUCAAGUCUCAUCCAUACUACCCCUUUAUCUGAGGCUGCCAGGUGAGUGGAGAGACCUGACAGCACACUGGAUCUAUGAAGACCAUCAACAUCAACAAUAGUCCUGUGUACCUGCAGUAUUACUCACUGUGUUCAUCUGUGCCUGGUUUAUAUAAUAAUAAUGAUAGAAUGGGAAGAGGGAAGACAAAUCUUAGGAUGAUUCCUCUUUUUUGCUUCUGCUAGGCCACAUUAUUCAAUUACACAUUGAUUUUCACUGUUAUGCAGAUGACACGCAGGUUUACCUCCCCCUAGAGCCUAAUUACAAAAGCAAACUAACUUACCUCAGUAACUAAAUCAAAUCCUGGAUGGCUGCAAACUUUUUCCAGCUCAAUGAAAAUCAAACUGUAAAUGUUUUUCUUGUGGACCACAGCCCUUUUUUUGGUUAAAUCCCUCUUUACAUCACGUGCUAAAAAAAGGUGUAUUUUAUGAUUGAAGUCAAACAACUGAAUCAGGUAAUACAAACGUACUGCAGCUCUGCAUCACCUCCAAACUCAGGGCAAGCCUCUGCACUUUGGACCUGAAGAAAUUCAUUCUUUCCCUUAAUAUCCAGUGGUGCAAUGUAACUAAGUGCAUUUACUACUGUACUUAAGUAGAACUUUGAGGCACUUUUAUGGUACUCAAGUAUUAUCUCGUCAUGCUUUCUAGUUGUAUUUCCUUCUCAAAUAUUGUACUUUUUACUCCACAUUAAUCUGACAGCUUUAGUUUCUAGUUAAUUUACAGAUUAAGAUUUUUGCACACAAAAAACAUAUAGUUUAUAAAAUGCUUCACAACAAUAUAUUGCCGUACAAGUCCAGCUGAAAUGAUUAGCUAAUUAAACAGUUAGUUGACAUGUAUUUUCAUUCAAUUUUCCAUAACUGCUAGUGAGUGAGUGCUGUGUGAGUGGCUUGUAUGGCAGAAAAGAGAAAUAUUUUGUGAAAUGGUCUUAAAGUUAAAAUAGAUCGUAUUCAUACAAUUAGCCUUUGUUGCCACUAUAUCAUAUGCAGAUUAAACCACUGUAGAUUGAGCACUGUGUAAAACGUUAACAGCUUGUUUUUAUUUUUUAAAUGAUGCAUCUUAAAAAUGACAAUUGGUCCCUGGACUUCCUUUAUGAAUAU